UUUGCAUAACAUGAGUGGAAAUCAAAAAUAUUAUGUAUGUUACCCUGUUUUUUUCCCAUACAUUCAAGUUAUAUUAUUUUAUGUUAAACAUGCAUUUCUAUACUUUUUUCAUUAUUGCCAUAAUGUUCUCAUUUUUUCUCAUUUCCUUUUUUGUCUGCAUAAAGCCCGACUCCUCAAAAAGUCUGUCAAUAUGUAAUCUGGCCUUAACUGAGACUAAAGUUUGUGGGUCUGGAGAAGAAUUAAAUACAUCAGAAAAUGAUGUAGAUCUUGGUAGAUUAGGCCUUGAGAGUAAUAGAGACAGGCAGGAUGAAAAUGAAAAUUCAGAUGUUUCCUGGGAAGGGCAGAUAGACUUUGUUUGUCAACAGGAAGUCUUCCCAUCAGAGAUAAGUGAGGAAAAUGUGGAGGAUGUGGAAGAGGAACAAGCUAUAAAAGAAAUGUCAAAUAGUGACAUGGUAUUGAUGAGUGAUGACAGUGUAUUCGAAGAUAUCCAGUACAAACAAGAAGAUGAGGACACUGAAAUUGAAAAUAUCACAAUAACACAUCUUGAUGUAUGUGAAAAUGACCCAACAGAAGACAUGAAUAUUUGUAAUGUGGAUCUAGAGGAUGUUGCAGAUACAGUGCAAACAGAGGAGGCGGAACAUCUAGAUUAUUUUAUAUCCCACGGAGAAACCACCAUCGACAUUGAGAACACUGAUGCAGAUGUCCAAGAUGAUGAGGGGCAAAUGAGAUUUACAUCUUCAGACACCAGUACAGAAGAUUCAACUGAUGUAGGUUUAUUGGAAUGUGACAGACAAAUUGAUACAUUGGUUGAUGUGCACCAAAGACAUGAUCUGACGCAUACAGAAACAAAUAAAACAGAAUAUUUGGUCGAUGAUGACACUUGUGUUGAAGAGUACAUUGGUGAAACAGAAAACUUAAGGUACUCUGUUGAAAAAAAAGAGGUGUAUACUGAGCAAACUAGAGCAGAACACACUGAAGCCUGCAACAACAUGUUUCAAGAAUCAGGUGACAAAAUAAAUAUACACAAAAGUGACCUUUUUUGUAAUAACACAAAUACUCAUCUUAUAGAUGAGGAAGGAGAUGCACUAGCAAAAAUAGAUUUAAUUAUAUCAGACACUGGAUUUAAGGGUUGUCAUGACAUAGACAGUGACAAGAUAUGGCCAGAAAACUGGGAUCCAAGCUGUACUACAGAUUCAUGGGGUGAGUCUUAUCUAAGAGACUGCCAAACACAUGAAUUUAAGGUCCCAGAUCUAAAUUUGGCAUGCAUGAAUGAGGUCUGGUUUUCACAAGCCACUGAUAAUUUAGAUAAAAAUGAACAGACAUUGGCUGAAAAUGAAAACAAGACACAAAGUAUGUCUGUGAAUGAGCCUUGCGGCAAUUAUCAUGAAACAAAUUCUAGCCCCCAAACCAUGUUUUGCAUAAGAAACUCCAGAAAUGUUAGCAUUGAGCGUCCUUCUAGUCCCAGGGACAAUGAGACCAACAGCUCAGAUUUAUCAGAAGAUGAAAUUGCUAACCGAAGAUAUGGAUUUCUCUACAAGGAUCUAGACCAUGAUAAAGAAGAGGUAUAUCUGCUUUCCCCAGUGUGUAGAUUACUAGAGAUAAAGAUCCUUCACGGUACUGGUCCCUAUGAUGUAUACCCUUUUUACCACCUUUGUAGCAUAUUGCAGUUUUUCCUUUUAGUAAAAUAAAAAUAUAUAUUGAGUAAACCUAUCACGAGUGGGCUUAUUUCAUAAAGGUGCAAGAUUAUGUGCAGUCACUCCAACCAAUGACAAAUUAGCUUUUAUUAUCCUGGCUUAUCUGGACUACUAAAAGAUUAUGCACAUCAUAGAACUUUGUUUCAGUAUUCGCUACACACAAAUAUAUCACAUGGGAGAUUUUAUAAAAUGAAUAUUUGAAUAGUUAUUGACAAAACAGUACAUUUAAAAAAUAUUCUGAAAGGAAAUGUGUACAAUAUUAUAGGGCCUAAGGCUCUGUAUAUGAACAGCAUGUCAUAUUCCUAAGUGUUUGUUAAACCCUUUUUAAAGCAUUAUUCCAAUGACAUAGGAAUAGGGGUUGUGAAGGUUGUAUCAGUAAACAGAACCAUGAAAAGCCACUGUCUGCCCUUUUUAGCAAUGAGUCAUAUCAAGUCUUACAUCAGUAGCCAUAGGGCCAUCAAGUUACUUGUAAAUAUUUUCUGUAAUUCCUUUAUUUUUCUUUUAACCUUAAACAUUUAGAUUUUUACACUUUUGUGGG